AUGGAGCUUGUUGGCUCUACCUUAGCAUCAACUUGUGCCCAUCCAAGAUCAACAUCUGCCAACUUACUACCUGCCAUCAGUGCCAUGACUUCAAGCUAUAAGAACCGGUUUCCUCACUAUGCCUUGCCUCCAUGUCUGGGCCUUCCCUGGAGACCUGAUGCCUAUUACAAAACAGCCAGCAUCAUUCCAACGUUGGCUCCUUAUUCCAGAAGCUCCCAGGGGUUAACCCCCAGCAAAAUGCUUCCUUUUGUUUCCAACCGAACAACGCUCUUUACUCGCUACACCCCUGAUGACUGGUACAGGUCCAACCUGAACAACUACAAAGAGUCGGAGACUUCCCGGCACAGUGCAGAGAGACUGAGAGUUGAUACCUCCUGGAUGAUUCAUGAUAAAGAUCAACAGACAAAGAAAACUCAAGCAGAAAGCACCAAAAAUUUGGGUGAACGUGUCAAUGAUAUUGAAUUUUGGAAAUCAGAGAUCCGCCAUGAGCUGGAUGAGAUGAUAGGAGAGACCAAUGCACUUACAGACAUGAAGAAGCGACUGGAAAGAGCCUUGGCUGAGACUGAGGGUCCCCUUCAGGUAGCCCAAGAGUGCUUGCUUCACCGGGAGAAGAGGAUGGGCAUUGAUCUAGUCCAUGAUGAUGUGGAGAAACAACUCUUGACGGAGGUCGACGUCAUCAGGUCUUGUCAGGAGAGGAUGCAGCGGUACCUGGAUAAGUCGAUCGCUCAACUCGCGUCAAACAGGGCAGCCCAGCAUGAGUUGGAGAAGGAUCUGGCUGACAAACAGACUGCCCACCGCAUUGAUGACAAGUGCCACCACCUGAGGAACACUUCCGAGGGCAUCAGUUACUACCGAGGGGUGGAGCGGGUCGAUGCUACGAUCUCUGUGCCAGACUCCUGGGCCAAGUUUACAGAUGAUAAUAUUCUGCGCUCCCAGAGUGAACGGGCUGCCUCCUCCAAGCUGCGAGGAGACAUCGAGAACCUGCUGGUGGUGACCGCCAAUGAGAUGUGGAACCAGUUCAACAGAGUGAACGUGGCCUUUACCAAUCGCAUUGCGGAGACAGCAGAUGCCAAAAAUAAGAUUCAGACCCACCUGGCUAAGACCCUGCAGGAGAUCUUCCAGACUGAGAUGAGCCUUGAAACCAUUCGAAAAGCUAUUCGGGAUAAAGGACCACCAUUAAAAGUAGCCCACACUCGGCUGGAUGAGCGCACACGGAGACCAAAUGUGGAGUUGUGCCGGGAUAGUGCCCAAAUCCGCCUUGUCAACGAGGUGUAUGAAAUCGAUGACACAAUCCAGAGCCUUCAGCAGAGGUUGAGGGACGCCGAGGACACGCUGCAAAUGUUGGUUCACGCCAAGUCGACCUUGGAGCAUGACCUGGCUGUCAAGGCAAAUUCCCUCUUCAUCGACCAGGAGAAGUGCAUGGGGAUGCGCAAGACCUUCCCCAAUGCUCUCCGCCUGGUGGGUUAUGUUUAGCCUCCCCUUAGCCUAACUCAUAGUAUCUUUUGGGGGAUGUAUUCUCAGUUGUGCUAAGAUGCUUUGCAAAUAGGCAAUCAUACUUUCA